UCUAUAGCUUUGUUUUUACUGUCAUACACUCGACUCUUUCGCCGCUACUUCUCCUUCGCCUAUCUUAUUCCAGUGACUCUACACUGCGAUAUAGCCAUCUUUCACAUUACCUGCCUGAUCUACAAAAAUGGAGUCCCUCCGAACCUACACCGUCGUCAUCGGCUUGACCGUGUGUCUCUCUGUCAUGCUGCGCCGCGCGAGUGCAGUUCCCAUGUAUCCGUGCUCCAAGGCUGGAGACUUCUUCCCAGACCAGACCAACUCUCGCUCAUUCUGGGUAUGUGGCGAUAAUAAAGACGCAAAGGAGUACCACUGCCAGAAUGGUCUAAAGUGGGACCAAGAACGUGGCUGUGUGAAGGACUAAGGUGCCGUCAGGUCAAGGUACUGCACAUUAGCCUCUUUUGUAUGUACUAUGGGGCAUAGUAGCGUUGUUGAUGUUCGAUCACUCCACACCGACGCGACGCGAAACAGGAAACCCUAAAAUAAAAACCAUAUUAAAACGGCCUCUGUAUAAAAGUCGCUUCGGUCGCAGGGAUC